AUAGGCAGUAAAUAAGAUGGAAAUCGUCAUGGAAACAGGAAAGCUACAACACUCCUAAGACCAAACAAAAUAUAGAGUUGCUUCUUAUUUCUUAAAUGAAUGUUGAGUGUUUAGUCAACGUGUAAUCAGCAUCUGCUUUGAUUCACUCCUACUGGCACUGACCACGACUACCUGCACCUCAGAACAUCACCAGCACGAAUAAGCCAUGUCGUCCAACAAGCCGUGUUGGAUUCGCGAAGUGUAUGUCGAACUAACCGUUCGGCUCCUAGAACGCAACGGACUGAAGAUUCCUGAUCUCUCUGAGCAAUUCGUCGACGAAAUCGUGCAGAAUAUGCCAGCAAUGGACGGCUUUGUAGGCGACGGCUCAGGAUCCUCUGCUGAUGAAGAAACUGUAUGCUUCCGGUCUUUGGUAAAGCCUGAAUUUGAUCAUAAGGGAAAACAAGAAGAGAACCCUUGUGAUCCAAUUCAGCUUACCAAAUACCGGAACCAUUCAGAAGCAGCUACUACUCAAAAUGUAGACUGUGAAGAUUAUGGGGAUACGGAUGCUCGAGGUCGUCCCGCAUUUUCACCACGAAGCGGCAGCUCAUGCUCGAAGAGUGGCACUAUUGGUGGAUCAUCGUCCUCCCGUAGUGGGAGAACCGGAGAAGGAAUCAGGAAGGGUGUGGUCGACGACCCUGAGUUUGAGUUGCAUUUCCGCGUCCUCAGGAUGGCUCUGAUGGCGAGAAGCGCAGCUUUCUUACGACAGAGCAGCACUUCAACAUCGAAUUUUUCUGAGGAUUUGAAAAGACGGUGGCGAAAAUUCGUUCUCAACAAUAUUGUGGAUCAAGCGGUAUUCUUUUUCUUAUGACAUAAUGUUAUAACAUAGGGUCUCAUCAUCCUCGACCACAGUAUCCUAAGUUUUUAUGACAUCGACCUAACGCCUCUAGUUGCUUUAUGGAAGGAUGCGUAAGUACGCUACUCAUUGUCAAAUAUCAACGGCUGUGUUGUAAAAAAUGAGACUACAUCAACAGGCCGAUCCCUCGUUGUUUCCGUUCGCUAUGCGUGGGAGCAUCGAGGACGUGAUCGCGGAACGGGAGUCAGCCAUCCUCGAACUGCGAGAGUCUAUUGCGACUCUUGAAAGUGAACAAGAACCAACAUCUGUAUGUGCAUCUGGAGGCAGAGGUAGAGAACAGCGCCACUUGCAAUUGCCACCCGACGCCCAGGACCUCCUGAACGGCUUGAUACUCGACGCAGAGGCUGCGGCGCGCCAGCAGGUGUUCGCAGCGCGCUUACAGCAGGAUAGCGAGAUGUGGCACGCCUUGCGCCGACGGGAGGGACUGCCAGCAGGAGAAACGUUGCCUGAGAAAAUACGGAUCUCACGUCUUGAGAGUCUCUACCACGCUUUGCUUGUGGCGACAAUGUUUCUUCCGCAUCUAGAAGUCGACGAAAAAAAGCAAGACAUGGAACUGAAACAGCAUGCUCUCGUGCUGGGGAUGUUAUGGCAUCUUCGCUAAUAUUCUAGUAUACUUAUAUAUAAUGAUCAAGAUCAAGUUCAAGCGCAAAAAUUUUGUUGUUGCUUCGCAUUCGUCGUGUAGGCCCACAUUGUCAUCAUCCUUAUCAUCUUGAGGUUCGGUAAGCAGAGCUAGAACUAAUAGUACCAAUAAUCCUUCCUCUACGUGGCCUGCACUCUUGGUCACAGGAAGACUCUCAUCUAAGACAUACUGCGAACCUCACAGCAACCGACUCACAGCCAGGUGGCAAAGCAGGCGCCGUGGUCACCGACGAUCAUCCUGAUUCGCCUAUCAUGCGUGAAUGGCGGACGCCACGAAAGUUGGCAGUCGGAUGAAUGGACUUUUGAUUCUUUCAUUUACACUUUGCUUGUGAUUGCUGUGAGAUAAAGAUGAGCAUGAGGACGCAAAAAAAGAUAAAGAAACGCCUGCUUGAUCGACCUCCCUUAC